UAAUCACUUUCGUAAUCUCAUUUGAUUACAUCAUCACUUGAAACGUGUCCUAAUGUCAGUAUGACACACUUUAUUUCAAUAAAAACAAAAAUUUCACAUCAUAUAGCUUCCAGCCUUCAACGACUUUCUUCAACAAUUAUUACGUUAUCUUUCUUUUCCGAUUUCGAAAAACUGCCCCUUAUCUUCCAAUCCAAUUAGCUUAAUGGGGGAUUCCAAAGGCGUGGUCAAGCACAUUUUGCUUGCGAAAUUCAAAAAUGGAAUCUCAGAGGAACAGAUCGACCAACUCAUCAAGGGAUAUGCCAAUCUCGUCAAUCUCAUUGAACCUAUGAAGGCUUUCCAGUGUGGCAAGGAUGUUAGCAUUGAAAAUCUACACCAAGGUUUCACUCACGUCUUUGAAUCUACCUUUGAGAGUACGCAGGGCAUAGCAGAGUAUAUAUCACAUCCCGCACACGUGGAAUUUGCAAAUAAGUUUCUUUCUUCCUUGGACAAAGUUAUUGUUAUCGACUACAAACCGACAUUAAUUUGCAACUAAUCUGGAGGCUAAAAGUAUGGCUGCUGUAACUGGGAAUAUUGUUAUACUUAUCUGUUCUAUGGAAUAAAUGUGAGCCCUUUUUACAAUAUAAGCUUAGAUGAUGCUUAUACUAAAAAGGUUUUGUUAUUACCAGUUUAUUUGUAUGAACUCUUGUACCCGCCUUGUUCUGCUGCUUUCUUAUACUAAUCUGCACAUUGCACUUAGUUAUGAAAACAAUUGUUUCAGUUUCGAAUGAACAAAUCCUUCUUUGUGUUCUGCUGCCA